AACAAACAGCGGGGCUGGGGGCGCUGCGGGGCAGGGGCGGGAAGGGGCAGGGACUUCUGGCGUUGAGCGCUGAAAAUUUGAGCGUCCAGUGCGUGGAGGGCGUGAGGCGUCCGAAUGUUCGGAGGACGCGCAGGGACGGAGGGUGCUGAAGCGCGAGAGGUGUGAGAGGGAACACCGGCGCGAAGGAGCGUGAGAGGGCACGAGAGCGUGGCAGAGUAAAAGGCUGCGCUUGGAGGCAGGGGGAAAGGUUGAACACAGCCAGCCGCAGGAGCACAGGUAAGGUGGGAGCGAGGGGACCUUUUCUUCCCGAGCCCAUUUUCCAUAGGUGGCCUAGCCAUUUUUUGAGGUAAAAUGUUGACCCAAGUGUGUUUUAGGAUAUAAGGAAUGAACGUCAGAGGAAGCUGUACCAAAGUGAGGCUGCGCAAGGCCCAGGAAAGGCAGUCAGAGGGUGGCGCCUUUUUUAAAGAUUCCAUCUCUUUCCACCCUUACAGCUCAGGCCGUACCCCCGCCCCCACCUUUUCCACCCUCCGUCGGCCUGCUUCCCUCCCACCCCGUACCACCCCCCUCGGCCCCGGGCACGAGCCCAUCGCCAUUAAACCAGGUAACCAACCGCCUCUGUCUCCACACGAGCUCCGGGAGCCUCUGAAUAGAGGGGGGUGGAGCUCGCAGCGGCCCGGGCUGAGCUCAAGGGCCGGUGGGAGGGUUCCGGGGGCGAUAAUGGCCCGCCGCGGCCAUGACGCCGGCCAGAUUAUUCACGGCAAUCUCUGUCUCGUUCCGUCUACAGUGGCAGUUCGAUUCCAGACGCCUUUCCCCUCAGACCGGGCGGUGAGCUGAUGGCCCAGGUUCCAGAAGCUUCCUCGCCCUCUGGCUUUUUGGUCCGUUGGAGCUCGCGAGGUGGGGGAGGAGCCUCGCCUGAGGAGGCGGCGGAGAAGGCGGGGGAAAUGGAAGUAGAGGCGGUGGGAACGACGAAGGCUCACGCCGGCCAGGGAGCCGAGGAAAUGAAGCUGGAGCCAUUACAAGUGCGUCAGCCCGCGCCUGAGGAGAGCCAGCCGUGGAGCGGCGGCGACGGCGACGGGGACGGCGACGGCGACGGGGACGGGGACGGCGACGGGGACGGCGACGAGAAGCCGCAGCCGCCGCUGCCGCCGCAGCCGCCGCUGCCGCCGCAGCCGCCGCAGCCCCGGCCCCGGCCCCGACCUCAGCGUAGAUCCCGGCCGGCGUCCAGGCCUCGGACGCGGCAAAGCAGUUCUGGUGACUUAGGUGGCUUUGGGGACUGGCUGCUGGAUGUGGAGUUUGGUCAGGGUCCCGCAGGCUGCUCUCAUGUGGAGAGCUUUAAAGUAGCGAAGAAUUGGCAGAAGAACCUUCGGCUGAUCUACCAGCGUUUCGUUUGGAGUGGGACCCCGGAGACUAGGAAGCGUAAGGCAAAGUCCUGCAUCUGUCGUGUAUGUAGUACCCAUAUGAACAGACUCCACUCUUGUCUCUCCUGUGUCUUUUUUGGUUGCUUUACUGAGAAACAUAUACAUAAACAUGCAGAAACAGAACAGCACAAUUUAGCUGUAGACCUCUAUCAUGGGGUUAUAUAUUGCUUUAUGUGUAAGGAUUAUGUAUAUGAUAAAGACAUAGAGCAGAUUGCCAAAGAAACAAAAGAGAAAAUGUUGAAAUUAUUAACUUCCACCUCAACAGAUGUUUCUCAACAGCAGUGUCUGGCAUCAGGUGUUGAAGAGAAGCAAUCAACCUGUGAGUCAAAGGAACAGCAGCCAGAAUUGGUGAAACCCAACAAAAAGAGGAGAAAAACGUCAGUGUAUACUGUAGGCCUGAGAGGGCUAAUCAAUCUUGGAAACACCUGCUUUAUGAAUUGUAUUGUCCAGGCACUUACCCAUAUUCCUCUACUGAAAGAUUUCUUUCUCUCUAACAAGCACAAAUGUAUAAUGACAAGCCCUAGCUUGUGUCUUGUCUGUGAAAUGACUUCUCUGUUUCAUGCUAUGUACUCUGGGAGCCGAACGCCUCACAUUCCCUAUAAGUUACUGCACCUGAUAUGGAUUCAUGCAGAACACUUAGCAGGGUACAGGCAACACGAUGCCCAUGAGUUCCUUAUUGCAGUAUUAGAUGUGCUGCAUAGACACAGCAAAGAUGACAGUGUUGAGCAGGAAGCCAGUAACCCCAACUGCUGUAACUGCAUUAUAGACCAAAUCUUUACAGGUGGCUUGCAGUCAGAUGUCACAUGUCAAGCUUGCCAUAGCGUCUCUACCACAAUAGACCCAUGCUGGGACAUCAGUUUGGACUUGCCUGGCUCUUAUGCCACAUUCGGUUCCCAGAGUCCAGAGACGGCUGACAGCACAGUGUGUAGGGAUGACCACACACCAGGAAUCCCCUCGCUCACAGACUGCCUCCAGUGGUUUACAAGGCCAGAACACCUAGGAAGCAGUGCCAAAAUCAAAUGCAAUACUUGCCAAAGCUACCAAGAAUCUACCAAACAGCUCACAAUGAAGAAAUUACCCAUUGUGGCCUGUUUUCAUCUAAAGCGGUUUGAACAUUCAGGCAAACAGAGACGAAAGAUUAAUACUUUGAUCUCCUUUCCCUUGGAGCUGGACAUGACUCCAUUUUUGGCCUCCACUAAAGAGAGCAGAAUGAAAGCUGACCAACCACCAACAGAAUGUGCACCCAACGAGAAUAAGUAUUCCUUGGUUGCAGUGAUUAAUCACCAUGGAACUUUGGAAAGUGGACACUACACCAGCUUUAUCCGGCAGCAAAAGGACCAGUGGUUCAGCUGUGAUGAUGCUGUCAUCACCAAGGCUACCAUUGAGGACUUGCUCUACAGCGAAGGGUAUCUACUGUUCUAUCACAAACAGGAUCUAGAGAAAGAGUAGUCUUACCAGACCACUUAGCAGAAAAAAGUAAAAGAAAUGAAUAGGCAAGAUCCUGAAGCUACACACAAACCUACCUGAAAUGGACAAUGACAAUACCCAUACAACAAUGAGCACCUCUUGAAGUAUCACAAAAACCUCCUGGAACUGACAAUGACAACAUCACCUAUGUGAUAAUUAGCACCUUCGUAUAAAGAAUGCAUUUUACCAUGGCCUGUGGGGGGAAAAAAAGAAGACUAACUAGUGACCACUCAGCCUUAAGAAAUGGGAGGAGGGAGGAGAGGUAAAAAAUGGUCACAUAAACCAUAAUUAAAUGAAUGUUUUAGGUGGGGAGAGUGGAAAUAGAGAUGUUCUGGCACUACUAUAUGUCAUUUGUUCCUACAAAAAUACUGUGGGAAGUCAGGGAGUAUUCUUUCAUCAGUAACAACCACAAUUGAUGUUCCAGCUGUGGCUGACCAGUCAAAUAGUUUGAAAAAAAGAUAAUAUUUGAAAAUUUUUGAAAAGCUUUAAAAGAAAAUUUCAAAAGAAAAAACUUUU